GGCCAGGCUGUGCUUCAACAAAGAGCGGCCUUUUCUUAGCCGGCUUAGGCUAGUCGCGCAUCAUUGUACCUGUUGCAUAACUAUCAAUCGGCCCAUCGGCCGUUACCCUGAGUAUGUGAGACUGUUGACGACAUUAAUUCCCUGGAUAUUCGCGAUGCACAAUCCAUCCCGCAGCAUCUCCUGCUGUAGAGGAAUCACAGCAGAACGAUCAUACUCUCGCUGCGGCGGUUGGUUAAGCCGGGCUUCUCUUCGUCUGACAGCCCUUGCAUGACGUUUGCGCCGCACAUUAUAUGCCCCCAGCAUGCAUAUUGCCCCGAUGCGUGCAAUGCUGUGUGCGCCGAUUAGCGAUGACCCCUUACCGAAUUGGAGGGGGGGACAUACAGGAAAACAACUGAAAACACGAUCAAUAGAUUUUUCGUAUCUGACAUAGCGGCUAAAAUCGGCCUUCGAGGAUCAUCUGAGGGUGCGUCGCCAAAGCUGUAGUCAUCAAAGGUGAUUAUGACCGCUGCGACGAUUGCCCCUAUGAACAUCACUACGUUUAUUGCUAUUGAAUAUCGGAUAAGCUGUUUAUAGGUGAACAUGAGUAACACAUCGAGAGUAUCGAAAAUAAUGGCAACUAUAGCCUAUGGUCAAAGGCAUGCUGUCAAUCAAGGCUCAUCAGAUGGCGAGUUGUAGAGUCAUACCAGACCUGCAUUGGUGGGAUAGAAGUGAGGAAACCCUUGCCAAUGUGUUAAAAGUAUAGGUCAAUGCCCAGCAUUGUAAAAGUAAAUGGUUGCAGAAGAGCGAAGCCUAUCCGGUAUGACCAUGGUUGGGGCGGCAUUGUAUAGUCGCUUUGGGGCCGAGGGCCGUUCCCGUGAUGACUAUCGGUCAUUGUUCCUGAUAGUGUCCAUUACAGGAUCUCACAAUUCUUGUGGCUGGAGAGGCGCUUAGGAUUUAUGUGUUCACAAAUGCAGCUUGCACCAGUGGCGCCGUAUAAAUUUUACCUACUUCGCUCCGCGCUACGCAGCCUGGUCACGAGUCAUCUUUGCUACCGUAUACCUCCGUCCGUUUAGUACAUACUAUAUGCUAGCGCAGUAAACAUCUAUCUAUAUUAGCUCCUUUUGCGCAUUUUCACAAUACUUCCUGAGAGUGCUGUUGCUACCAGUCAGCGCUUCUCAGAACGCUGGACUUGCAGCGUGUAGGUCCUCCACCAUCGCCCUACGACACAGUGUGGAGCCACCCAGCACUCAAAAAAUCCAACCAUCGCCGUCCAUGCUUCCACCGUCCUCCUCAUCACAGCGGAACACCGCUCCUGCGCCACACCAAUGAACAGCACAAACACAAUGCUGCGCUCAAUAUGGGCAGCGCGUCCAUUGGCAGCACGGACUGCGCCAACAACAUGCCGCUCCUGUCGGCCGUCGCCAUCCUCUGCGCAUCCCCUACGACGACUCUUCAACUCUUCAGCAGCAAAGCGCGCCGAAAAGCAGGCCGCCGAUGACCCCAACUUUGUCUCUAUCCUCGAUGUGCAGCCUCAAUUAGUUCGCCAGAAGAGACGACAUGGCCCUGGCCUCAUUAUCCUCGCUCUUAUCCCCAUCACCGCAUUCGCUCUCGGCACAUGGCAAGUGCAGCGUUUGGGCUGGAAGACGGACCUCAUUACGAAAUUCGAAGACCGUCUUGUCCGCGACCCCCUCCCCCUCCCACCCAUGAUCGACCCCAAUGCCGUCAGCGAGUUCGACUACCGCCGUGUCCUAGCUACCGGACGCUUGCGCCACGACCAAGAAAUGCUCAUUGGCCCCCGUAUGCGCGACGGCCAGGACGGAUACCUCGUAAUCACCCCUCUUGAGCGUGAGGGCGGCACAACUAUUCUCGUCAACCGUGGAUGGAUCAGCAAGAAGCACAGAAGCCAGCGAAGCCGGCCAGACAGUCUCCCCACUGGUGUCGUCACCAUUGAGGGCCUGCUGCGUGAGCCGUGGAAGAAGAACAUGUUUACACCGGAUAAUAAGCCUGAAAAGGGCGAGUUCUACUUCCCAGACGUGAAGCAGAUGGCCGAAUUGACUGGCAGUCAGCCGGUCUGGAUUGAGGCGACAAUGGAGCCCGAGUUUAUGCGAAUGAUGGACUAUGAAGCACGGGGCAUCCCUUUCGGCAGAGCAGCCACCGUCAACCUGCGAAACAAUCACGCCCAGUACAUCUUCACAUGGUAUAGUCUUGCUCUCGCUACCUCAGUCAUGCUCUACCUCGUUGUCAGAAAGCCUUCGUCUGACAUUGUGCGCCGCAUCCGUGCGACCAAAGUACAAUAACCUCCAUACCAAACUUGUAAUAGCACCAACAAAAACGCCAAAACAUUUACAGGCCUGUACAAUAUGCCCUCUCAUAGUUAUACAUAGUUGAAUAACAACACCCAAAUUUUCAUAAAGCAUCAAGUCCCGUCAUCAGGUCUAUUCGUCGUCAUCGCGUGGCAUCCGCAGUUCUUGAAGUAGUUCGCGUGGCAGAUGUCGCUGUGCAAGAGAGAACAACGUCGCAUUGGAAGUGAUUUGACGUUGCCUAUAGAUAGAUCUGGUUAGCAAGUUGAGGCUGGAGACAGAGUUGUACUAAACAUACCUUCGCAUUAACGCCAUAACAUCCCGCUCAUCUAUUGAUUCACGCCCGGCGUGUUCAGCAUAGGCCGCCAGAUCGUCUGCAACUUGUUCAAAGAACCAGUCAGAUGCCUGCGUCAGAGCAGUUACCACGUCGCCAGGUACCCUCGUGUUGCUGAGGCCAGACGAUUGCAGGGCUGUCUGAGCAACUCUCUUGACAAAUGCGGGGGGCAAUGGAGGAUACUCGGUUCCAUUCUGUGAGAGCUUCUUGAUCUUUUUCUUAUACUUCGUCACUGACCCUUUUGGCCUACCACGGCCCAUCUUCAAGGUGGUCUGUAUUUGACGGGAAGUUCUUCUGGGUCCAGUGUCAUCAUCGACGAGUAGUUCUGCAUCAGGGUCAUCUUCAUCAGGCAGACGCAUUAGACUUAGACGUUUUGUGCUCUCACGCCUUGAAGGUGCCACAACCAUUGGAUCAAAAUCCAUGCCGUCGUCAAAGGCAGGUCCAGCGUCAAAGCCAUCGUCGGAACCAAGUGCAAAGGAUGGCUCGCCCGUAGUAGUUCCGAAAUCGCCAGUUCGCCGCGAUGCCGCGUUCGGAGCUCGAGCACCCUCAAUAGGUGAUGUUGGUGCCAGGCCAUCAUCCGGCUCAGACAUGUGAAACGUGGUUUGAUCCUCGUAUCCAGGAGGCAUGGUGAAGCCAACACCACUCUGGUCACCCAUGCCAGACACUACAGUUGUAUCUUCAGCCCUAUAAACUGUUAGCAUAAACAUUCCCACAGCUCGACUCUGUGGUACAUCUUACUGGUAGUACGAGGUGUCGACACUGGGGCCGAGAGAGAUGCCGUCCCCCAAGUUUAAGAAAUCCGAUGGCUCUCCAGUCUCGUCGAAGGGAUCGCCACGAACACUGAAAGCUGAAAUUCGCCUGUUGUCCGCUCUUACGGGCAUCUCAACUUCGGUUUCAUCUUGGGGUAGAGGAAGCUCUUCGCUAUCAAUCAGAACCGAUCGUUGUGGUAUAGGCAUCGUGUCGUCAUCAUCAUCUAUGGCCAUGGAUAGCCUUGGUCGGGUGAGUUCAGGCUCCUCUUCUUCCAGCUCUCGCCGCCGAAUAUCAGGAAGUUCUUGUUCGUCGUCAUCAGUAUCACGUCCAGGUGCUCGAGAAGCGCUAGAAGGGGCAGUGUCUCCCGGAGAGGAAGAUGCUAUGACGUUUGUAGUAGGGGCAAGACGUUUGCCUAGAAGUUGGAGCGCGUGAAAUGGUGAAUCUCUCUGGUCCAUGCCGCUCUGGCGUCUAUUCUUGCCCGGUGUCAACAUGUUCGCUCGGCGCAAGACUUGAGCUCUCAGAGCGACUGCUGUAUGUGGAGUUUGCGCAUUGGUAGCCGGCCUUCGGCCCGAAGUCGUGGGUUCUCUAGGUGUAGGUCUAUUCAAGGGCGUAUGUACUGGCCUCCUUGACGACGAUAGAGGCUCAACAUUAACGCGGCCGCUGGGUGUUUGGGCGGCAUUUCGUGCUGCGCGGCUCCCAGUGGGAGUGUCCGCCAUGGUGGUGGCUCGACGCGCCUUUGGUGCUGAUCGGCUCGUGAAAUAAAAUUUGCUCGGCGCGUUUCCUUUUUCGAGUCGUUUAUACUACGUCGAGAAGUUCGCCUUGGAUAUGAAAUAAGGAGGAUGUCGAUGGUGGCGGG